AUGCCUGUGUGCUUGAAUGGAAAGGCUGAUAAUAAUGACGCCAAUGGCCUGUGUCUCGACCAUGCCCGAGGAGGCCUGCAGGAGGCGAAGACCUCAGCCCCUUCUUCCGAGCAACACUCCAGCUUUGUUGAUGAACCAGGGAAGCGCAAAGAUGAGCCUCAGGAUUUUGGAGCAAGAGAGGCGAACACCCGCCUGGGGGAGCAGCGCAGACUGCGAGAAAUAUAUACCGGGGCGUCUGAGGAGUUUGUGCUUGAGAGCUCAGCACCAACCCGAAGCGUACCUGAUCUCUCAACUACAUAUUCCACAGGGCUGAGCAUGGGUUCUGCGCAGACACCUCUGAUGGGUGACACACCCCGACCAAGCGGCAACCGAAUCGCCCGCACAAUGACGGAUGCGCCCAGCGAUGCGCCCGCCAACACAAACCUGUUUGGAUCGUACCUGUCUUCCGACGGCUGGAGUGACAGCGAUUCAUUCCUCGACUUCGACGACCACUUGCGCAGCCUUGAACCGGACGGAUUCUCACUCCUUCCACGGCCGACUGGUGCCGGCGACGGUCCGCCGCCGGACGACCGGCCCGAGGCGAUGAGCAUAGCGCCCGUGCUGAACGAUGGCGCGGCGCCGCCGCUCUGCCCCAGCCACGGCACGUUCCUCCCGUCCCAUCAUCCGCGAACGAGCCGAUGCAGGGGUCUGAAGGGGUUGAUACGAACGAAGAAGCCUUGUUUAAGCAAAUCGGGGAAGCGAUGGGCAUACCGAUUGGAGAUGAUGUAA